AAUUCUCUCACCCAUCUGUAUUCAGCUUUGACCGCACACUUGAUAGUUCUCGUCGAUUUGCUCGCUGCAUCUCCAAUCCAAACUCUCACAACACUUAGACAAUAUGAGCAUUUCUUUCAAUAUCCCAAAAAAUUUAAUAGCAUCUCACAAUUAGUUUACAGUUUUUGCGGAUCAAGAAAAUGAAAAGAAUGAAAGGUCAAUUUUCCUAGACAGCUCUCUCUUUGCAUGUUUUCUUCGUCUUAGCAGCUCUUACCAUUGCGCAAAAUUAAACAAUCCUAAAAACUCCCCUUUCCUGAUCUGAUUUUCUUCCAAUCUAUUUUGUUUGAGUAGACAAUUUAAACACAUUUGAGUUAGUCACACACAAUCAUGGAUGCAGAGAAAGUAACACAAACUUCUGAUCAAACAAAAUCCAAUGACAAUAAUUCCAAUGACAAACAGCCAGAAAUUCCAGAACCGUUACCUUUGAAAGAUGAAACUGAAAUUAAUCCUUCUCCCGCCGAUGAAUCAUCAAAGUCUUCAGAAGCAGAGAUUGUUGAAGAACUGCCAACUGACGUUGGUGUCAUCAAAACAACAGAUGUUGAUGGUGCCAAGACAGAUGACAUCGAAAAAAAUGAUGAAGAUGAGGCCAAGGCUGAAGAUUCUUCUCCUUUGCCUCCUGAUCUCGAAAAGGUUUCCGAAGAAAUCGAUCAAUUUAUCUCUGAUUCGUCAAACUUAAAAGGGGAUAAUGAUGAAUCUAAACCUCCUGAUGUUCCUGUGUUUGUGGAACAAUUUGCUGUUCUUGUUGAGGCCAAGAUUGAUGAUUAUGAUGGUGGGGAUGCACCGAUCAAAUGGAGCCAGCUCCCUCAGGAGGUAGCCACAUCAUUCUUGGAUAUUGUAGAUCGAAUCUCCAAGCUAUUGACCUAUCUCUGUCAAUUCUCUUCAGAGUACAAAUAUGCUUAUUCAAUCAGCCGCGUUGAUGGUGUUCUUCAACGCGCAAUGUCCUACAUAGAGGAGGAAUUCAAGUCGAUCCUCUACGAUUACAAGAUUAGUCCUGAUGCAGAUAUCGAAACUCCUUCUGCCAAGCCUAAUAAAGAAGCAGCUAAUGCAGAUGCAGAACAAGGAGGCUCUAUUCCUGAAUCGGCGGCACCUACUGAAGAAAAUAAAUUUCCAGGCUACUCUGAAGAAAUCGUAACGACCUUGAAUAAUUUUUCCAAAGCCUUGAUUGCAGGAGGCUAUGAAUCUGAGUGCUGUCAGGUCUAUUUCAUAGCACGGAGGAAAGCAUUGGAGGAAAGCUUGCAUAAGCUUGGUUUUGAAAAAUAUAGCAUCGAUGAUGUGCAAAAGAUGAAUUGGGAUUCAUUGGAGAGAGAGGUUACUGCUUGGAUUGUAACAUUCAGGCACUGCACUAAUGUGCUCUUCUCCAGCGAACGUAAGCUCGCUGAUGCCGUGUUUGCGGAUCAACCAUCAAUUGCGGAGAACAUCCUCAGCAAUUUGUCUCGAGGUAUGAUGAUCCAACUCCUUAAUUUCGCUGAAGCUGUUUCCAUGACAAAGCGCGCUGCUGAAAAACUCUUCAAGUUUCUUGACAUAUACGAGACUUUGCGCGAUUUUCUUCCCCUGGUGGAUAAAAUAUUUCCCGUUUCUUAUGCUGAUGAACUCAAGGCUGAAGCUACAUUGACUCGGAGCCGUUUAGGAGAAUCCAUGGUUUCAAUCUUUUCUGAGCUUGAAAACUCAAUCCAGGCGGACUCAAACAAGACCCCGGUUCCAGGUGGUGCAGUUCAUCCUUUAACUCGCUACAUCAUGAAUUAUCUGAAAUAUGUAGCCGAGUACCGAGACACCUUAGAGCAGGUCUUUAGAGAACAUCAAAUGAUAGAGAGAGCUGAUUCAACCACUGGAUCGGACUUCGACUGCCAAAAUCCACAAGCUGCUCAGAAUGAUCAUCAUCCAUCAUCAAAUAAGCUAUCACCCUUCGAGACACACAUGAUCAAAGUUAUGGAUCUAUUGGAUGCAAAUCUGGAGGCAAAAUCAAGGCUUUACAAAGACACUUCACUCAGCUCAAUAUUCAUGAUGAACAAUGGGCGAUACAUCUUGCAAAAAAUAAAGGGAUCUCCGGAGAUCAAUAGUCUGAUGGGGGAUCAGUGGUACAGAAAGCGAUCUUCAGACCUAAGACAGUACCACAAGAAUUACCAAAGAGAAACGUGGGGGAAACUGUUGCAAUGUUUAAACCAUGAGGGAUUGAAUGUGAAUGGGAAAGUGAAUAAACCAAUAUUGAAAGAGAGGUUCAAGAGUUUCAAUGCAUUGUUUGACGAGAUACACAAGACGCAGAGCAGUUGGGUGAUUAGCGACGAGCAACUGCAGUCGGAGCUGAGAGUUUCGAUAUCGAACAUGGUGAUACCAGCGUACAGGUCAUUCUUGGGAAGGUUUAGUCAAACAUUUACUCCAGGAAGGCAGACAGAGAAGUAUGUGAAGUUCCAACCUGAAGAUAUUGAAACACACAUUGAUGAGCUAUUCGAUGGAAAUGCCACGCCAUGGGGGAGGAAGAAAUUGUAAUCUUAAUCUUAAUAAUCAGAGAGACAGAUCAGUUGAUGAUCAAUAACGUUCUUUUUGUCCGUUUUGUGGUGUAACUUUUUUCUAUUUUGUUAUUGUUCAUGUUUGUAGUGGUAUACAGUACUUUUCACGAUCAAUUAAUUAACUUUUUAGACUUCAAUUCUUUGAUUCAUGUCUGUCAUGU